AUGAAAAAAUAUUUCGCUAUCCAUUUAUUGCUAUUAGUCUUGCAAACCAAUGGACAGAAGGCGAGAAAAAACUGGUCACAAAAGUCCUUGGAACUCGAUGGAGAUGGAACGUUUGGUCUAUGUGAAAACGAAUUUGGUCAGUCGUAUUACUUCAAGGAAUACGAAGGACAAGAGAAUCUAUGUCUGAAACACGUGGCGAAGGUGAAAUACAGCAAUCUAAUCAAUGAAACAGGAUGGGCAUAUGUUGAAGUCGAAGUUUCACCACGAAUAACGCAACCAUACAAACAAGGAUAUGCUGCUGGAUUUGUGGAAGGAAGAGCGACGCGUGAGUUGAUCCGCCUACAUGUGGCGAAUACUGUGGAUGGUUUUUGCGAUGGAGCCGAACAGUUCUGCGAUGAUCUCAACGAAUAUCUCAUGGACAACUACUUGUGGAUGCAAGAAAAUAUUGCCAGUUACCCGGACGAUCAUUAUUGGAAUCAGGUGAACGUGACUCUGAAUCAACUACUGGGAAUGAUCGACGGUUAUGAAGGAAAGCUGGGUCGAACUCUGUCUGCAGAAGAAGUCGUCGCGCAUCCUCUUUACCUUCUCCAAUUGGCUGGUGACAUUGAGGAUCUGUCGGUGAAAUUCAGAAAACCAGAAACACAACGCAGCCUUCUCGCUGGGAAUGGACACUGCUCCGCUCUUAUCAAGCUGCUUCCUGACUUCUCCGACAUCUAUUUCUCCCAUGUCACGUGGUCGUCCUAUUCAACCAUGCUGCGAAUGCAGAAAAAGUACACGUUCGCUACAGGUGACCCUGGGCGAAGCUACUCCUUCAGCGGUUAUCCAGGUACAAUUUCAUCCAAUGAUGAUUUUGUUUUGACGUCGGCUCGCCUUGCCAUUCUGGAGACCACUAUCAGUAAUUACAAUGAGCGAUUACAGCGAUACAUCACACCAAACAGCGUACUUUGCUGGCUAAGAGCGCAG